UGCCCUAUGGACUAUGGGCAAUAAAAAAAAAACAACAGGCAACAGCUGAUUCUGUUAUUUUGACUGAAAUACUAUUAUUUCUCAUAAUAUUGUAAAUUGCUCAUUGCUAUUUCUUAAUUGGGUAACAUCAAUUACAAAGUGAUUAAUUAUUCUUCCAAUACAAAAUGAUAUUUUACCCAAUAUUAAGAAAUCAUAUUGUAACUAAAUCUAAGUUCCUAAGGUUAAGUUCAACAGUAAUUUUGCCGGAUAUUGAUACGAACUAUUACUGUAAUUCUGAAAAUUCUUUAGAAAUUGACAACAAUAUUAAAUUACGAAAAGGAGUGGGUGAUGUAAAUCGUGUAAUGAAUAUGUAUAAAAAAUAUAAAGCAACUCCUUUAUCUGAUAGUUCUUACCAAAUAGUGCGAGAGAAUCUGUACAAAGAACUAAGUUGUCUUCCUGGAGAACUGGCCGAAUUAGAAGAAGCAUUAAUCAAAUACACUGUUGGUAAGCUUCUUCAAGAGAAGUUCCAACUGGUGUCAGUUCCGGAUAUUUUACCUAGUCAAGUUUUGGAGAGUUGCGGGAUGACCAUUAAUAGUGAUCGCACUCAGAUAUAUUCUUUGGACCCAGUCCAUCAUGGUCCAGAUUUGUACUUGUCGGGUACUGCUGAAAUGUCCCUAGCAGGGCUGUUGAUGAAUACAACUCACACUGAGGAAGCCUUGCCUUUGAAACUGGCUGCAGUGAGUAGAUGCUUCAGGGCAGAAACCUCAAAUCUUAUUGAAGAGAGAGGAAUAUAUAGGGUACACCAAUUUACCAAAGUCGAAAUGUUUGCAGUCACUACUCCAAAUCAAUCUGAAAGUAUGCUUGAAUAUCUGAGAACAAAACAAGAAGAAUUAUUUUCACCAUUAGGAUUUAAUAUGAGAAUUCUUGACAUGCCACCACAUGAACUAGGAGCUCCUGCUUACAGAAAAUACGAUAUAGAAGCAUGGAUGCCUGGUCGCAAUAAUUAUGGUGAAAUAUCUAGCUGCAGCAACUGUACAGAUUAUCAAUCAAGAAGACUUCACAUCAAAUAUGUUCAUAAUGAUGGAACCUGCUAUGUUCACACAUUGAAUGGCACUGCAUGUGCAGUCCCAAGAAUGCUGAUAGCUUUAUUAGAAACACAUCAAGAUCCAAAAGGAAAAAUUUAUAUACCUGAAGUAUUACAACCAUAUAUGAAUGGCAAAAAAUAUAUUGCUAAAAACAACACAGUUCCAGAACUGAAGCUUAUGAAAAUAAAAAGAUAAUAUAGCAUUUAA